AUGAAAGGUACUAGUGACGCCGACAGUAAUAGUAUUAGUACGACAGUCAGUAAGAAAAAGAAAACACAUCCAAAAAAUGUGACUCAAAGUCAAGAUGUACCUACAGUGGUGGAUGUAGACCAAGAUUCGUCGGGAGAAGAUGAAAAAGAGUCUCGCCCAGGUAAGAAGGCUGAUGUUAUGGAACUUCUUGAAUACUUUGGAGUUCCAAAGCACAAAGGGAACAAGGUAGGUGUUCCAAUGUUUUUCACGACUUUGUUAUCAAAUUUUUAUUGUAAUCAUUCUUUGUUUAACUUUUUGAUUUCUUCUUUUGGUUAUACCUCCAUUUUCUUAAUUUUAUAA